GCAAGAAUAGUAUUUUCAUUCUCCUCUUGGUGGGUUUUGGGAGAAAGUCGAUAGGGCAAUCACAGCGAGAAAAAUGGUGGCGACGAAUCUGAAGGCAGAAACGUUUUCCUUAGUAGAUAAGCGAGCUUCAAUGGAGGCAGAGAUGAAUGCCAUAAUCGCGCAGCUUUCAGCCCCAGGCGGACCUGGUAUCUCUGGAAAUCUCGUUGAUGCUGAGGGAUUCCCUCGGUCAGAUAUAGAUAUUCCUGCCAUCCGGGCGCAGCGCGGUCGUCUUCUUGCGCUUCGGAAUGAUCACAAGGCUAUCACUGCAAAAAUAGAUGAAAAUUUGCAAGUUCUGCACUCAGCCAAGUUAGCUAGAAACGAUCUACAACGUCCACCACAUUCAGAUCCAUCAGCUUCUGUUCAUGAUAGAGCAUCUCAAACUUCUCCCAUGGUUGUGGACUCGAUUGCAAGGAUUCCUUUUGCUGUGAUUGAUGAAAUAAGCGAUGCUUCUCCAGCAGCAGAAGAUGGUUUACAGCUUGGUGACCAGAUAAUAAAGUUUGGGAAUGUUGAAAUUGGUGAUGCAUUGAUGGUAAGGCUUGCCUCAGAAGCACAGUCAAAUGAGGGCCAUCCUGUUUCUGUACUGAUAAUGAGGCAGGGCAUUCUAAUGAAUUUCACUAUAACACCUAGACACUGGCAUGGCCGUGGACUGCUAGGAUGCCAUUUUCGAAUCUUAUGACAAUCAUUCAAGAAUGAGUAACUGGUUAAAAGUCGUUGCAUGUGGUGUCCCUAGCGAUAAGAAAUGUUUUACUGGUAAAGUUACGGCUGGUUUGGACCACUUGUGCUUGCUGCUGAUGCUUUUUUCUAUAUAUAUAUUUUUUAGGAGAUGCUUUAGGAUGCUUUCUUUACCUUUAACUCCAGUAUAAAAGUAGCAAAAAAAAAAGGCUUUAAUCAGUGUUUGCAGGGGUUUUGUUGGGGUCAGCAUGGCUUCUUGAAUUGUCUUUUCAUGUAUGUUAAAUUACAAUCACCAGAAUACUGUAGAUAGAUGAUAUAGAGCUUGAGAGUCCAGACACCUAAUGCCCUAUUAUGACUAGUUCUUGGAUGAUAUGGAGCUUGAGAGUCCAGACAUGAAAUCCUCCAUUUUUUUUAGGGAAGAUAAACCCUCCAUUUUUAAGAGAUAUGCUUAUCACAUCAUCAUCAUUAGCCUUAUCAUAUUUACUUUUCUUUGGUUUUAUGAUUACUACUUCUCAUUUUUUUGCAGAGUGCUAUAUUUUGUACAAAUCUUUAAUAUAACUUAUGUUAAUGGUAUCUUUGGUGUA